CGUCCCCAUAUUGGGGUUGGGGGGGAGGAGAGGACACAAACCAGGGGAUGUCUCUCUCCAAAACUCCUGUCACCUCUACAACCGGAUCAUCACCAUUGGAACCUGCCCAUGUGGCCCCUUGGCCACCCAGCAGAACUAACAGACACUUUCUCUCCUCAGUGGCCCUCUCAAGACAAAAGCGGUGUUGAGGGCUCCUGUCUCACUAACCCACACUCAUUUUUUGCAGGCAUUGGACACAACAGGGUUCGGGCCUCCCUUGUUCCCUGGGUGGCCCAGAGGAAAAGAUUCUGUGAGGCAGAGGCAGUUUGGCCUCUAAGCAUUCCAGGAGUCAGAGGCUGCAGCUCCUCUCCCUCAGCUGGGGCCUGGGAGGGAUGUCCCACCCUGACCCACCUCACCUUCACAGGACAGUGAGGUUCUCUACCUGUUACUGUCUGACAAGGGAGCUGACAGAAGACCUAUGGAGGCAAAGACACUUCGGUUACAUCUUAAGGACCUGUCUCCUGCCCUGUCUACUCUCUGCAACUCCAUUUGUCUGUCUGUGUUCUUUUCAUACUCGCUGCCCCUAAGCCUGAGGGUCUCUCCUCUUAGGAAGGCAGCGGAAAGGCUGGCUAUUGUGGGGACGGUGGGCUGGAGGGGUGGGAUAAUGAGCCCCAAGUGUGUGGAAGAGAGGCCCGCUCAGGACCAGUGAAGACAGACUCCUCCGUGUAGGAGUUCCUGUGCUUCAGCCCUCCCUCAGGGUCCUCAGAAGCCCCUCUGCAGCUCCAGGGCCAACAAGUGAAGAUCAUGACGGAGAAGGAGCUCCUGGCUGUGGCCUGUGAACAGUUCCUGGGCAAGAAUGUACAGGACAUUAAGAACGUCGUGCUGCAGACCCUGGAGGGGCACCUACGCUCCAUCCUCGGGACUCUGACUGUGGAGCAGAUUUAUCAGGACCGAGACCAGUUUGCCAAGCUGGUACGGGAAGUGGCAGCCCCUGAUGUUGGUCGUAUGGGCAUCGAGAUCCUCAGCUUCACCAUCAAGGAUGUUUAUGACAAAGUAGACUAUCUGAGCUCCCUGGGCAAGACACAGACUGCCGUGGUGCAGAGAGAUGCAGACAUUGGUGUGGCAGAGGCAGAGCGGGACGCAGGCAUCCGGGAAGCUGAGUGCAAGAAGGAGAUGCUAGAUGUGAAAUUCAUGGCAGACACCAAGAUCGCUGACUCCAAGAGAGCCUUUGAGCUGCAAAAGUCAGCGUUCAGUGAGGAGGUCAACAUCAAGACAGCUGAGGCCCAGUUGGCCUAUGAGCUACAAGGGGCCCGAGAGCAGCAGAAGAUCCGGCAGGAAGAGAUUGAGAUUGAGGUGGUACAGCGCAAGAAGCAGAUCGCCGUGGAGGCCCAGGAGAUCCUCCGCACUGACAAGGAGCUCAUCGCCACCGUGCGCCGCCCUGCAGAGGCAGAGGCCCACCGCAUCCAGCAGAUCGCUGAAGGAGAAAAAGUGAAGCAAGUCCUCUUGGCACAAGCAGAAGCUGAGAAGAUUCGCAAAAUUGGGGAGGCAGAGGCAGCAGUCAUUGAGGCAAUGGGCAAGGCAGAGGCUGAGCGGAUGAAGCUUAAGGCUGAGGCCUACCAGAAGUAUGGGGAUGCAGCCAAGAUGGCCUUAGUGCUGGAGGCCCUGCCCCAGAUUGCUGCCAAGAUCUCUGCACCCCUGACUAAAGUCGAUGAGAUUGUGGUUCUCAGUGGGGACAACAGCAAGGUGACAUCAGAGGUGAACCGGCUACUAGCAGAACUGCCUGCCUCUGUGCAUGCCCUCACCGGUGUGGACCUCUCAAAGAUACCCCUGAUCAAGAAUGCUACUGGUGCACAGGUAUGAGGCUCCGGCACACGCACGGCCUCCAGCAGCUGCCUGCCCUUCCAGCGCCUGUUUUAACGUCACAGGGACAGCGAGAACAUUACUGACUCUGGUGCCUUAUUUUAUAGGGACCAGAAGUGCUGCGUGUUCAGGCCAUCUCUGGCUGUAUUCCCUUCUCUCCUGUCUGCCUUUUCUUCCUCUCUCCUACGCCCUCACAUUACUGCCACGUUCAUCUAGCCUGUCUCCUCAUCCGCCAUAUGUGCCUCUUCCUCCGCCUAUCUGUUUUUCUCCCCUUCCUUCCCAACUUCGCACACAUCAUCUACUUUAACUGAAGUUGAAGUUGUUUAUGAUAAUCACUGUCUGUCUGUGAGGAGUGGCCCCCGCUGCUCCUCAGAAUCCUGGUGCCUUCAAGUUCUACAUGUAUCUGUCUGUCCUCCCUGGCCCUGGCAGAGCCCGGCAUGGGUACAAGGGUUCUGGGUAGGACACCUGCUCUCCUCUCUCCUGCUCUGAAUCUCCGAGCGCUAAACGCUGUUGCGGGCAGCCCAUACACUCUUGCCCUUUGAGGCCUGAGUGGCCAUGGCCUGUUGACCCUGGAGUAAUUCCCAUCACACACAGAGGCCCAGGCCUGCUGUCAUACCUGCCCUGUCCCCUGCACCACAGAGGCACAGAAGCAAGGCCUCCUGUCUAUAGCAGCUUCCUCAGUUUACUACUGCCUUGGGAGGCCCUGCUCGUGCUCAGGGACAUCCCUUCCGUUGGCUUGUCCUUGGUUGGUGGGUGGGUCUUAGUCUGAUCCCACUAAGUCUUUCUGGGGUCACUGUCUAGCUCUGUUGGGGACAGGUAAGGUUUACAGGCCUUCUUCCUGCUAGUGCAUGGAGCUCUCCCAGGGGCCAGGGCUGUGCCAACCCUAAGAGAAUCAAGUGCUGCAAACUGGCCAAAACUCACUUCCUCUCUGCCAUUUUCUUCUUGGCCAGCAUAAUGGGGUUCUAGCCAUGGGAAGCAGCUAAAUAUUCACCACUGGUGGCAUAAGAAGCCAAUGCCCAAGUAUCCUAGUAGGGGUGCAAGGGUAUCCCAUGGGCCCAGUCCCCACCCCUGACCCUGCCCCAGCAGCCUGUGUAGCUGUUCUGCAUGUGAAUGCUGCAUGUCUGGUCUGGGGUUUGGAUAUUGCACUACCCCACUGCCUGUCCCCCUCUGGUGAAAAUAAAGAUCUCUUAUACCCACA